AUGCUGUCAACUGCAGUGAUCAAAGUUCUUGAUGCUGAUAACAAAUACCAAUUCGCUAGAGCACUACUGGACAGUGGCUCUCAACCAAGCUUUAUUUCCGAGUCCCUCUGCCAGCGACUUCGGUUGAAACGAAAUAAGCUUAACUCACCUGUAAGCGGUAUUGGUCAAUCAUCCGUGAAUGUCCACUUUGGCGUGACUUUGUCCAUUGCUUCUCGCUUCGGGGGCUUCGAAACUAGCUUGCAGUGCCUUGUGCUUCCUAAAUUAACGGUUGACUUGCCCAGUCAUCACAUUGAUGUUACUCGUUGGCGCAUACCUCGUCAUCUGCCGCUGGCCGACCCGCAAUUCAACAUUCGCCAAGGUAUCGACCUCAUCUUGGGGGCGGAGUUGUUCUUCGACCUGUUACAACAACAGCGCUUCUCGUUGCCAUCUGGGUACCCGUCGCUACAGAAGACCGUUCUGGGUUUCAUCGUCUGCGGUAAGGUAUCAGCUCCAGCCCCCCAACGCGAUAACACUCUAACCAGCCAUGUUUGUUCCGACGAAGCUCUUAACGUUCAACUUGAAAGGUUUUGGGAAGUAUAA